AUGGAGACAUACACCUAUUCCCAAACAAGGGGGAUGACUUUGGAACACAGGACGGACCAUGAUGACUUCCACGAGACUUCCGAAAAUGUGGGCGAUGAUAAGAUCGUUGCCCAUGAUCCUCGCCUGGGCCCUAGCGUGAAGAUCGAGAGUCUAAGUCCUAGUACUAGUCUAGGCCAGUACGACCCCAUGACCGGCGGCCCGUCAACUUCACCAGAGAGUUAUACUACCGGGACGAGCCAACAAGCCUCAUUCAUUCAUAGCCAAAGCCCAGAUUCAGCAGCGUUGCCACAUAGAAGACACGAUGAACAUCACUAUGUAUCAGGUUCAUCAGCCCAUCUCGGCCAGUCUUCCGAACAAGCGCAAUAUUCCCCAAGCCCAACCCGUUUGCUGCCGGGAGCAUGGGAGCAUCACAAGGAGAAGAUACAAGAACUCUACAUCGAGCGAAACAUGUCGUUGAACGAGGUGGUAGAGGCGAUGCAAAAAAAGGGUUUCACGGCGACCCCUCGGAUGUAUAAAGCCAAGUUCUCGCAAUGGGGCUUCGUGAAGAACAACAAAAAGAAGGACGUAGCCAUGAUGCUUCGACUGCAACGCCAACGAGGCGCCGUCGGCAAGCCCACGGCCUUCCACCGCCACGGAAGGUCCGUGGACAUCGAAACCUACAUGAAGCGCAAGGGUGUCUCGAGCCUUGACCUCGUUGCCGCGCCUGCAGUCGACGCCACCAACAACCUGCCGGGCUACCUUCGCGUGCUGACGCCGCCACCGUCGGCUCAUCCUCAGUACAUGACUUUGCCCUCGCACCUCCACGCGCAGGAAGUGCUCGUUUCGUGUUUCAAGGACCUGACACUAAGUUGGCGAGAUUCGAUAGCGUCUUCUAUAUCCACGUCUUUUGAGGCCGAUUUUGACGUCUAUUUUGAUGGUGAACUAUGCGAGGCCACACGGGACUUCAGCAGAGCAUGCUGGUUCUUCUCCCGAGGCCACAACCCCCUCGGUGCUUUGCUCAGCCAACGCGCCUUCUCCUCUCUACACCUUCUAAUAAAAAAGCCAUCCGCGCUCGGUUUAUUCGACUUGUUAAUAGCCAGCGUGAUAUCCCCGGACCAUGGCCUCGCCAAGGAACUGUGGAAAUACUUGGCGGGCUACGCGGAGGCAACCAUUGGGGCGUCGAGUACCUUGCACCGACUGUUCAAGGCGCUGGACGAAGUAUUUCGUGCCAACACGCUAGCAACGGCGGUUGACUUCGUCUUCAGCUGCAUGGAGAGCAUCCUCGGGAUGCUACUCGAGACGAAUGAGUUUUCGAAGACCAUCGCGCCGUGCCUUGGCAUUUUCCUGCUAGGCGGCUUGAUCCUCUUUGGCUCCACCAGAACCAAUCUCCCAUCGCUUCGCAAAGCGGUGGCUUCCACUUCCUCGACCCUAUCAUCCUCACAAGACAGUAGAAGUGGCCGAAGUGGCCGCGCGCCAGACAUAAUGAGGCUAAUCGAGCCAGCCGCGUAUCUUUGGCAGAAUGGGCCCACGGACGAACACUCCGCUCGACUAGCCUACGCCUCACUACAGCUAGUCGACGAAGUAUCAAACCGGUACGACUGGACGUACUGGGUUUCGUGGCGCGUGAUCGCGUACUUCCACAGGAGCCGGUGCGGGGAUGUCAAGGACAACAAUCCGCGACACGCGCUCGCGCGCUAUGCCUUAAGAAUGGCCAUCGACGCCGCGGAAAGCCGACGCGGGUUCCGCGAGUCGCAAAUCUUUGAGAACAUGCAGACGUUGGAAGCUUGGCAUCGAGAGGCGGGGGAUACGGCGCAGGAGCUCGCGGUUCGGCGUAGGAGAGAGAAGGGGUUGCGAGAUUAUUUUGACAUGUUGCAGCAAGGUGCCGGAGCAGACAUAUCCGGAACUCCGAAUUCGCAAUGAUUCCUAAUUACGUGUAUAAGCCACCUUUUAGAUAACGGAAGCUCACGGGCCCUUUCAAAUUUUUCCUGACUUGCCGUGAAUCAUGCAUGCCUCUACCCCUGAUAUAUCGAAUUGCCCCUGACUGCUGUAUGAUUAGGUGCCCGGGUAGUCACGAAUCCACACAACACGCAAUAUGUCAAGACGAAUUCUCGAGAUCGAUAUGUAGGAUAUCCGCGCAAACACUAUAAG